AUGCUCGACGUCUUCGAUUUCAUCAAGGAGAAGGGUGGGAACCCUGAGAAGAUCAAGGAGUCGCAGAGACGGCGGUAUGCUUCUGAGGAGGUUGUGGACCAAGUGAUUGAGCUGUACGAGGACCACCGCAAAACCCAAUACGCAGCAACUCAAAUCAACACCAAAAUCAACGAGACCCAGAAACAGAUUGGCGUUAAGAGAAAGGCUAAGGAAGAUGCCGCGGAUCUCAUGAAGCAGAAGGCGGACUUUGAGAAGGAGAAGAAGGCCCUGGUGGACUCUGCGGCAGAAAAGGAACAGAUCCUGAAGAAGAAGAUUGGAACGAUAGGCAACUAUGUGCACGACUCUGUGACGGUUGAGCAGAAUGAGGAUUUCAACGCAGUACAAAGAGACUGGGCUCCUGAAGGCCUCAAAGUCGAGAAGCGCGACGUUCUUUCCCACCACGAGGUUCUCACCAGACUGGACGGAUACGACCCCGAGCGAGGAGUGAAGGUUGUUGGACAUAGAGGAUACUUCUUGAAGAAAUGGGGAGUCUUUUUGAACCAGGCCUUGAUCAACUACGGAUUGGAGUUCCUUGACUCAAAGGGAUACACGCCUCUGCAGACCCCGCAGUUUAUGCUGAAGGAUUACAUGGCCAAGACAGCGCAGUUGGAGGACUUCGACGAAGAGCUGUACAAGGUUGUGGACGGAGAUGCACAGAACGACAAGUACCUUAUUGCUACUUCUGAGCAGCCAAUUUCUGCUUUCCAUGCCGACGAGUGGUUGGUUGCGAAGGAUUUACCCAUCAAGUACGCUGGAUUUUCGUCAUGUUACCGCAGAGAAGCAGGCUCUCAUGGUCGUGAUGCAUGGGGUAUAUUCCGUGUUCAUCAGUUCGAGAAGAUCGAGCAAUUUAUUCUCACCGACCCAGAAAAGUCAUGGGAGAUGUUUGACGAAAUGAUCGCCGUCUCUGAGGAGUUCUACAAAUCACUCGGUGUCCCAUAUCGCGUUGUCGCCAUCGUCUCUGGUGCGUUGAACAAUGCUGCUUCCAAGAAGUACGAUCUGGAGGCCUGGUUCCCCUUCCAAGGCGAGUACAAGGAGCUUGUCUCUUGCUCAAACUGCACAGACUAUCAGUCUCGCGCUCUAGAGAUCAGAUACGGUGCCAAGCUACAGACUGAGAUCCGAAAGAAGUAUGUGCACGCAUUGAACUCAACUCUUUGCGCAACUGAGAGAGCCCUGUGCUGUCUUUUGGAGAAUUUCCAGACCGAAGAGGGGUUCAAUGUCCCAGAACCGCUCCGAAAGUAUCUUCCUGGAGCUGUUGAUUUCAUUCCGUUUUCCAAGGAACUACCCAAGGAUUCCACCUCUCAAAAGGCGAAGGGCAAGGCUGGUGAUAAGGCAGCAAAGGUAAAGGCUGCUCCUGUUGGGGCUGCUCCUGCAGAAGCUGCAGAGAAGUUAAAGGAUCUCAAGGUUUGA